UGGCCAGAGUCGCUGCUCCCGGCUGGAGCUCGGUCGUCUGCAUCGGCGGCGGGCGACUCUCUCUUCCAGUGGAGAAAUGUGCGCAGGUUGAAGCCAAGGACCGCAUCCCCGGUUGCUGUUGUACAACGUUACGCCGUAACACAGCCACACGACACGGAGGACAAAGUGCAAAUUGAACACACAAGCGGCCAUAACGGACCACCCCCGUAAGACCCAAUCUCGUGUAUGGUCUCGUCUCAUGGACCGAGUGUCUGGUGACACCCCCUGUUGCUAGCAGGCAGCUAUCAUGGCUAAGCUAACCACAGGGCGAACUCAACUGGAGCCCGAACGCAGGAAGUGAGCGCUUGCUAGCAACGAGCCAUCAAGGCGGCACCUCCAGUCCGAUGUCCUCUCCUCCCACGGGGUGAUGCGUCAUGGCGCCGGUGCUGACUGGAGUGUGGUGGGGGCCCGAGGCGGCCGUGGUCGGGUCAGGGGCAGGGGCGGCGGCCGCGGGGGGCGGGGUGGUGCCGGACCUGCUGGGCGGCGGGCAGCUGCUGCUGGUGGUCACCCUCAGCACCCUCGCCGCCCUGCUGCUGGUGUCCGUCAUGCUGCUGCUGUGCACGAGCUGUCACGGGCAGAAGAAAGCAGUCAAGGGGCACCCAGCAGGAGACCGUGUGGACCUGAUGGAUGGCACGUCUGAUAAGGAGACCGUCAGCCAAUCGCCCGACAGCCCCGUGACGGACGUGGGCGUCAGCAGCUCCCACAACGGACCUCGAACCAGCGGUACACUCCUCACAGACACACGGGCCAGCAGCCCCCAUCCCUCAGAAGAAAUACCCUCCAGCCAAUCAGAGCACAGAUCCUCCAAGUGUCCUCAGGACCGCGAGCUCCCCAGCAUCCCGGCCAACGGUUCCCUCAUCAGGGACCCACCCCCGCCUUCAUCGGGGGACAGCACCUACGAGGUGGUGAAAGAAAUGGUGGCAGCGUCCCGCGACAUCAGCAUCGAGGACUCCCUCUACGAGACAGUCAAGGAGCUCAAAGACCCCCCGAAGAAGCUGGCCUUCGCCAACGGUACGGCUGACCCGUCGCCCCUCUGCGGCCCCCUCCUCCUCAACGGCCACCGCAGCCCCAGCACGGCUGAGUAUGCCUCGGUGGACCGCAACAAGAAGAGCCGCAACAGCGCCGACCUGGAGGCCAAGCGGCGCUCCGCCAACAACUACAACGGCGGCGUCACCCCCUCCUGUAAGGAGCCCGAGGAUUUACCACCGCCGGUACCGGAGAAGGUUCUGGAUGAGAACGACAACCAGGCCGUGCUGGUGAACGGCUUUGCUGAGGUUCUGCACAACGGAAAGCUCCCCUCCCCCCUGUCUCCAGCACCGGGGCUCCACAACAAAGUUCCGUCAGCCAACGAGGCUUCAGAGUAUUCGGCGGUGGACAGAACAAACGACGCCAGCGCGAACCCGGAGGACAAGGAGCACGACUACAGCAGCAUCGCCGAGCUCAAAGGCCUCAUCCCGGCCGGCUCCUCCAGCGACCUCUACGCCACCGUCCACGAUUUCUACGCCCGGCCGGGGGAGGCCUCGGCGUUCGUGGACGCCGCUGACCCCGGCUACGAGAGCAUCCGCAUCCCAAAGACUGGCGGCUCGGACGAGGAGCGCGGGGAAGGCGAGGGCGCCAAGGCCGAGCCCGACUACGAGAGCGUGGGGGAGUUGGGUCUGAGCCGGGAAACGUCUCGUCUUUGAGCGCCCUUCAUCAUCAUCACCAUGUGGUCCUCCUUAGAGACUGGUCGACAUGCAUGUCCGCUUUACUGUUGGGCUGUUCUACCCCAGCGUUGGUGGAAUUUAUCAAGCAGGGUGGAUGUCGUUGGUACUAACAGUAGCAAACUGCUCGCCUGCCGCCGACAUAUCGCUAAGGACUCCAUGCUAACUGAAGUAUCGCUCACGUGUUGCAUUUCAAAGGCGGAGGAGUCAGUGUUGUCAUGACCUCGUCAGACCGUGUGACCAAACGUCGGUUUCCGGUCACAUCGUCUGCUUUCCUGUUAUUGAAAAUGAAGGUACGGCGCCCAGGCAAAAGUUUGGAGACGUUUGUUCUGUUAUUCAAUGGGAAAGUGUCUCAAUACUUUUGACUGGCGCUGGAAGUUGUGUCCCAGUUCGCCAGUUCGCCCUCCUCAUGGACCUGACCUGCCUUGAGCUCCAUCAGCCCCCAUUUUUGUGUGCAUCGGGGAGGACAGCUGAAAGCAGGCUUUGCUACGCAUCUUAAAAUACAGCCUGGUAGCUCCCCAACAGGCGAGGGUAUGAAUUGGGAUUCAGCUUCACCCUGCAAAAAGGGGAAUUCUAAGCAAGUAUGUUUUGUGUUUUGUACCAGACGGUACAGCAUCUUUUGGAUGCCUGGUGGGAUACCACCAUCCCACCAGGCAUCGUCUUCUUUUGCUUAUUUCAAGUAUUUGAGUGUGCAUUUUAUUUCAAGGAAAAGUGCACUUUUCAAAAAAAUGUUGCCCGUUAUCCACACUCCUUAUGUUGUUACUGGCGUAGUGACACGACGAGCUUCACCACACACACCGCGUUCCUUCCCAUGUUGCUAUGUGACAUCACUGCACCCUGGAAGGACGGUCCCAAAAUGGUGGAAGUAUUCCAUGUUAUCAGGAAUGUAGCUGCUAGUACAUGCUAACAGCAUGGAUAGAAAACCUCAACCUUGUUGAAGCUUUUUGGAGGUGUUUUCAUAGGAGGAAUAGGUGUGUCCCAAUACGUGCAUUCAUUGGCUGCCUCUUUGUACCUGUUUUUAUAUCUUUAGAACACACAGAAAAAAAGACGCGUGUUCAUGUCUCACGUAAGGAUUGUGGACGAUGGGCAAGAUGUUCCUUUAAGAGAAGCAAAUGGGUCUAGGGUAAAAGUCAAACUAUCUUUUUAGUGAAAAAUCAGCACUUUUGACCUCACUUUCAAUGUCUCAUCUUGCUCGCGUGCUGGUUUUCCUUGCAGUCCGCGUCCAGCUCACGUGUGAAGAAAAUUCCUAUUUAUUGAAGCGCCUCCUCGUUUUGCGUUCUUUCAUCAGCCAGCGGCGACGUCCGUGUGCCAAUGUGAACGUGUGCCUGCGAAAGAAAAUUCUGCUUGGACUUCUAGAGAUUUCGUAGUGCUUUCGUAGAGGAGAAAAAAAAAAGAAAAGAUGGCAAUUGUAAUGGUACCCUGACUUGUGAAGGUAGCUGCUGCUGUACAUUCAAACAGGAUCCUUCAAGUCGUGUGUUAUUCCUGUCAUGCUUGUUAUCAAGGCAGACUUUAUUGUUGGUACAUUGUGUCGUCGUCACUCCUUGAAAGCUAUGAAGCACAAGGUUUUAUACGUAAUUGUGGUACAGUAUUCUUUGUUUUUGCUUUAACCAGCUCGUGCACAAUUUCAGUAUGUUAGCGCUUUUGUAUGGUAGCACAACGCAGCACACGCACGGAGCGCUACUUUAACCUACAAUGUCUGUGAAAGCUUUCACGUGCAACGUCGCUCCCAUUUUUAUGACUAGAAGAGCACUGAUGGCCUUAUUCCAAAAGGAGAAAAACAUAUUGGUACGUUGUGUUGGUACGUUCUUUUUUUGUGGUACUUUUAUUUUUUAAAAAACAAACAAAAAAAACAGUUUUGUGUAAAUGUCAAGCAGAAAAAAAAAUUCCUGUACAUGUUUUUUUUUUUUUUUUUAGCGUGUUGUCUUAAAAUAAAUAAAAACACAUUCAGCCUGAA